AUGGAAGCCGGUGACCAACAAUUGGUUCAUACGCCAUUUGUCCCUGCAGGAUACUGGAACCCAUGUGCACCAUUGGUUUGUGAUCCGCUUAAAGCGCCGGACAUUCGCUUUUCGUCCUCUCAUUUUCGUAAACAACACCCCCGCCACGAGAAGGCAGUGAGUAGGACUUCCCUGGCAGAGGCUGUAUACGCGUAGCCGUGUGAGAGUUUUUCGAGCAGGAGGGCGGGCCCGCCCUUCUCCCGGUCAUAACCAGGGCAUUUGGGGGCUUUCAUGCUUAAGAUCGAUACUUGUUGAAAUGGUUGCUGGCCGGGCAGUCAGUCCGUAAAAACGUAGAACUUCGUACGUACGUA